AUGCUAGAUACUUUACCUCCAGAGCUACUAUACAAAGUGAUAUCACUGGUGCCAUGUCGAGACUUGGCUUCACUGAGGCUAACUUGUAAAUACAUGCGUACCUUUUGCGAUCAACCCAUUGUCUGGAAGUCGAUCGAUUUAAAACCAUGGAGAGAACAAGAACUUUGGAAGCUGACAGAAUUAAAGAACACCAUUGACCUUCAUCUAUCCCAUAUUCUAUCAAUCCGUAUAUGGGGUGUGCGAGACAGCAUUGUUCAAUAUCUAUUAAACCAAUGUCAAAAUCUACAGCACCUCACCAUUUGUGGGUGGACAACACUAUCUGAUCACUGUUUACGCUUGCUGCCAUCUCAAUCACUUAAAAUCAAGAGCCUGGAACUCAUUGGAUCAUCCCAGCAAACCAACUUUGUGUCUGUGGAUGCCUACACGCUAGGCAAUCUGCUGCUGCAUUCACCUGAAAUGACCAACUUAGUACUAGGCUGCGAGAUACACAUUCAUGCAGAGACGUUCAUCACAGAGCUAGAAAAGACGUCUGUCAGCAGUGACCUGCAGUCUUUCUUGCUAGCGAGCCGCAAGACCUGGCUGAACGAGCAUGUGCUUCGGCUCAUCAACAUCUACCCAGAGAUACAAAAGAUUUACCUACUACCCAAAGCAAGCAUUGAGUUAGGCCCAAUGCAAGGGAACAACGUAGAUGCCCUAUUGCAUGAGAAAUUAAAGCAGAUAAUGAACAUUGUGCCAUUGCCAUUGGAGGUCCCCUUGUUGUCAAAUGAAGAAUUCAUUAUUUACGAUAAAAGAUUCACCGCUUGUGUUUAG